AUGGCUAAUUCUUCUGAAUACGAAAUUCCAGAUACCGGUGCAGUUUUUACUUUUGGAAAAAGCAGGUUUGCUGAAGAUUUAUCCAGUCAUUUUUUUGUAAGAAAUGAUCCAGUAAAAGAAAUUUCAUGUGGUGAUGAACAUACAGCUUUAGUUUGUAAAAGCGGCAGGGUUUUUCUUUUUGGAAAAAAUGAUUUUGGUCAACUCGGUUUUGGCCAUACGAAAAUCGUUAAUAAACCAAGUUGUUUGAAAUCAUUAAAACCUUUUCAAUCAAUACACGUUGCUUGUGGGAAAAGUCACACGUUGAUAUCAACGGAAUGUAAUAAAAUAUUCGCAUUCGGUUGUAAUUCUGACGGACAAUUAGGGGUUGGAGAUUUAGAUGAUAGAUGGGUACCACAAAUGAUAUCCACUGAUCUAGAAAAAACAAAUAAUAUAAUAGCUUUAUCAGCAGGUUGUCAUCAUUCUGCCUUUUUAACCGAGGAAGGAAGUGUGUACAUAUGGGGAGAUAAUUCAGAUGGUCAAUGUGGAAUAAAAAACGAAAAUUAUUUAUUAAAUCCGAGAAAAAUUGAAUUUCAAAAUCCCAUAAAUUCAAUAUCGUGCGGAUAUUAUCAUACAGCAUUCAUAAGUUUGGGUAAAGUUUAUACGUUUGGAGAAGACGAUAAUGGAAAAUUAGGAAGAUCAGAUAAACUUCCCAACGAUGUUCCCGAAGGAGUCGAAUUAGACGAAAAUUGUAUUUCUGUUAAAUGUGGAGGAAGUCAUACAAUUAUUUUAACCGAAAGUGGAAAAGCCUACGCUUUCGGAAGCAAUUUUUCCGGACAGUUAGGACUGGGAAAUUUCGAAACUGAAUUUUCAAUACCUCAAAGAGUUAAUUUCACUGAUGAAAAUGUUAAUUUGAUUUAUGUGACUUGUGGCGAAAGUCAUUCAGCAUUUUUAACUGAUGAAGGAAAAUUAUACACUUGCGGAGACGGGAGAAAUGGAAAACUCUGUAAUGAAGAUGAAUCGACAAAUAUUUGCACACCAACAACCAUCGAAAUGUUUAAGAGUUUCUUCUGCACUUACGUUAGCUGUGGUGGUUGCCACACGAUGGUGUUAGCCAAAGCUUUAAAAUUGGAAAACCACGAAAACGCUUCAGAAUGUAUAAUAAAUGAAAAAAAAAUAAGUAAUGAAAAAUUAUCUCAGGAUCAUGUACAAAAUAAUAAAGAAUCAGAAAAUUGUGACAGUAAAUCUAAUACCGAAAGCAAUCAAAACGAACAAGAAGUAAAUUCUCAUGAAGAAGAAAUUUAUUCUGAAAUUGAUGAUUUUAAAAAUGAAAAUUUGAAACAGGAUAAUGUUCACGUAGAAAAACAUGUCGUUGUUCAAACUAAAAAACAAAAUGAAAUCGAAAAUGAUGCUGUCGUUGUCGAACGAAAAAGUACAUUUAAAAAACUUAUUGACAAACUUAAAUGGAAAAAAUCAAAUAUAAAAACCGUAAAUGACACCAGUAGAGAGGAUAACAUUAAUAUAAAAAACGGUUUGAAAAAUCAAACAACUUCACGAGCUUGCGUCAUUUUCUAA